AAGGUUCACAAUAAAAUUCACCAAUACAAUUUUGGACUCAAAAUAUAUAAACACAUCUCUGCAGCUUAUAACGAGAGUGUGACCAGAGGUGCGUCUCCAACUGCACACUUCUGCACUAUUCUAUGUCAUUUUGUAGUGUAACAAAAUGCAACAAAACAAAUUGUACUAUGAGUUCCCGGAUGAUGCACUUCUUCAACUGUCAAAAUUAAGUGUGGAAUGUUGGACACUUCAUGCACUCAGUCAGGGCCGGCUCUACCUAUAGGCAAACUAGGCAAUUGCCUAGGGCAUCCGCAUUGUCAACUCAGGGGGCCUCCAAAAGACAUGUGAACUUGGUAAUUAGCCAGGGCAGUGCAUGAUAAGUUUAAUUUUUAGCGCUUGGAAAAACACACAAAAUGUCGCCCAUUAUCAGCGUUGCAAAAAUGCCUUUGAAUGAUCUUUGCCGCAAGGCAACUGCAAGAAAAGUGCCUGGAGCAGAACAUCCCUUUUUACAUCACCUUUGUGGACCUGAUGAAAGCCUUUGACACUGUAAGCUGGGACAGAUUAUGGUAGAUCAUGGCCAAGUUUGGAUGACCCGAGACCUUCUUCGAAAUGGUCCGCCAGUUCCACGACGGCAUGUUGGCCCAUGUCAUAAAUGGCGUGAAGCAGGGAUGUGUUCUGGCUCCCUCAUUCUUCAGCCUUAUGUUCUCCACCAUGCUGACAGAUGUGUUCAAGGACAGCGAUGUCGGCGUUGAUAUCAAGUACCGAAUGAACGGGAAGUUCUUCAAUCUGAAAGACUCCAGGCAAAAAACAAAGUGCAGACUUACACCAUCCAUGACAUGCUGUUUGCGGAUGACUGCGUCUUAAAUGCCAGCACAGUGUCAGACAUGCAGCAUAGCAUGGACCUCUUCGCUACUACCUGCAGCAACUUUGGUCUCACCAUCUCCACCAAAAACCCGAAGUCCUUCAUCAGCCAUCCCCUGGCGCUGUGUACACCGAGCCGUCAAUCAACGUCAAUAGCCAAAAGCUCAACAACGUUGACCGGUUCACGUACCUGGGCAGCACUCAGCCUCAAGUUGUCCACAUCGACGAUGAGGCGAACAUUAGAAUUUCCAGAGCCAGCUGUAGGUGCUACGGGUUGUUUAGAUCAGUUUUACUAUCAGAAAUAAUUAAUAUUUAUUAAUUAUUAAACCGCGGUGCCGCUCACUCAGUGAAUAUCAGUGAGAGGGAGAGAGAGAGAGCAAAAAGGUGCAUGCAAUCUAAUUUAGAGUAACCACUCGUAACAGCGGGACUGAAUUACUAGUUCAGGUCACUCAAAACAAACUUCACCCAAAAAUGAAAAUCUUGCAACUCAAAACAGCAAACAGCGAGCAGAGUUCAACAUACAAAAUAUACUCAAAACAUCAGCAUUUAGAAUCAAACUAAAUUAAGUUGCUCAAGAAAAUCACAGUUUCUAAACUAAAUCUGCCCAGAUAUCAAGCCUUACUUGGGAAAUCCUGUGUGAUUUCAGUAGGGUUGUCCGUUAGAAUUCCGUUGAGCUGUCAGGAGAAACGGUCUGGAUGGUCCCUUGUCUUACGCUCAUCAGCAAAAAGAUGCGUCUCUGCUUUAUUCUUCGGAUCCAGCGCUGGAGAAGAAUGCAGGAGGUAUUCAACGUUGACAGAAAAAGAGGGAGAAGGGAAACUGGUUGCCUUUCUGUUUUUCAAAAUAAAUUCACUGUUGUCUUGCAGUGAAACUGAACUGGUUAUUAUAAGUAUACUAGAAGACUUGAACAAAGCGAAGUUAAUCUUACCCUACCGUGGCCAAAUGGUGAGGUUAGAAAAAUUUGGUCUCUUUGUUCUUAGUCCAAAAAGGAGGGAAAACUCCUUCAGUACAUGCACAAUACAGAUGUCACUUAACAGCCAGCCAGAGCUUAGCACAGAGAGGCUGAACUACAUCUGUCUGCUGGUUUUAUUGACAAGAUGAGUCAUCAGUUAUAGGCCGCUUUUGACCAAUGGCAUUGAGACUGGGUCCAUGGGCGGGACUUCACAUCCAGUUGUGAAAUUGUGAAGGAUCCUGGGAAACUGAGUUCAAUGUCUCUCCUUUGAUUAUAGAACAAAGGGCCAUGCGGUCUCUGCUGCCAUUUUGAGUCGGCCAUGGCCCUACACAGCACAGCUUUUGGUCGACUGAGAUCGAAUGUCUGGGACAGAAGAGGCAUCAAACUUUCAAACAAGCUUUAAGUAUACACUGCAGUCAUCCUCCCCUCCCUGCUCUAUCCAAGCGAAACAUGGACAGUGUACAGCCGUCACGCCAGGAAGUUGAACCACUUCCACCUGUGCUGCCUAAGAAAGCUUCAAAAAAUCAAGUGGCAAGACAAAGUGACAGACACAGACGUCCUUGCACAGGCUGGCAUGACCAGCAUCCACACAAUGCUCUGAAGGUCUCAGCUGAGAUGGGCCGGCCACGUUAUUCGCAUGGUAGACAAACGCCUGCUCAAGAAAUUUUUCUUCAGCGAGCUGCAACAUAGCAAGUGAUCUCAGGGUGGACAAAAGAAGAGGUACAAGUACACCCUCAAAGCCUCUCUGAAAAACUGCGCUAUCAACCUUGACAGCUGGGAGAACCUUGCUACUACCGGUCAGCUUGGCACAGACAAGUCACCGCUGGCGUAGCCUCUUUUGAGCAGAAAAGGACCGAUGAUGCUAACAAGAAGCACACUGCCAGGUAACCCAGAGCCAGCACCUCCUCCUCACCCAGAAGGAAUCCUUGCCCCCACCGCAACAGACAUUUCUGAGCACAGAUUGGACUGACCAGUCAUCUGUGCACCCAUUGAUGAUGGAUGACAUCCGAGGUCCACAUCGCUUAAGACGGACGAACAACACCAACUUGAAGACAUUUAAUUAGAAAUCAACAAGAUAAGGUCCCAUCCAAAGGGAACACUAAACACCAUAAUGGUGACUUCAAACGAAACACAAUUUUCCCAUAAUGCAGUACAAUAUUUAAAUUUCCUUUUUUCACAGUAGUUUGUUGUGUUGUGAUAGAAAAUGACCUAGCCUGCAUUGAUUUUACAGUAAAAUAUUGAAAACAGUUUUAUUGUAGUUCUAUUUAUUUUAUUGUAAGAAAUUACUUACAUGGCAAUUUAUUUUUUUUUUUUUACAGUGAACACCAUGUUUGGAUGUUUAAAAAAUUAGCUGUACUAUUCACCUAUUAGAACUUUGUUCUUCAAUGUAAUUCAAUACGGCUUCAAAAUUCACAUUUGAGGUAUGACUGUGUGUAAUUUAUGUUGUAGAACAAAACGUUCAUGUAUCGUCAAGUAAAGUGUACCACAGAUCUUAUUUUUCCCAUAAGUUCAAAAACCCCAUUAUAAAAAACCAUAGGAAAAUUCAGAUGGAACCCAUGGUGAAUUAUCUUCCGGGUUUUUGGACUACAAGCUGAACAGCUCUAUUGAUGACGGGAGAGUCGAACCACUCUGUAAAGUCUUCUCCAGCACAUUCCAAAGACUUUCAGUGGGUUUAAUAUCAAGUUUCUGUGGUGUGAAAAUGAUUCCUCAUGCACCCUGAACCACUCUUUCACAAUUUGAGCCCGAUGAAUCUUGGCAUUGUCAUUCUGGAAUAUGCCUGAGCCAUCAGGGAAGACAAAAUCCAUUGAUGGGAUAACCUGGUCAUUCUGUACAUUCAGGUAGUUAGCUGACUUGUACUGCUCACUUAUUAGAACUUUGAACUUGUAAGAGAUGAUGUGAAUUUAUUUGCUGUGCUGCCAAACAAUCAGCAUUUUCUUUUUUUUUUAUAUCAAGAAUUAUCGUUUUUACUAGUGCAAGCCUAAAUACUGAUAUAAAAAACAGCAUUUCCACUAGUAGUAAUUCCAUUGCUGGUAUCAAGAAUUAGCAUUUUAACUUGUGAAAACUGAAUUAUGACACAAAUGGGGUGAUUUCCAAUUGAAAGUGAUCAUCCCUAUGCCCUACUCCCUUUGAAGGACAGAUCUCUUGAUGUGGGCACUCUAAAGGGAGCAUGAAAGUAGUGUAUGAAUGUACCCUUCACUAAUAGUCUUGUAAAAGGGCUCUUUGUGAAAAAAAUAAAUGUUUUCUUACUUUUAUUUGGAACGAACUUUCGAGUGGCAUCGCCUUCCCGCAGUAUCCUUCAAAGGUGCAAACCUGCCAUUUGGAAUACGCCCCAUGUCAGCAUCCGGAGUGAACACUCUCCUCCGUUUCUCUGAAAGCACGUGAUCAGAGAGGAUACUAGAGCUACUCAGACUUCGAGAACUCAGAGUAUGCUUCAAACUAUCAAGGAGAGAAAUGAGAAGGCAUCUGUGGAGUUAUUCUGCAGUCUCCAUGGAGAGAAACUUGAGCUCUUCUGUCUAGAGGAUAAACAUCUUGCAUGCAGGAUGUGUGUUAAUAUGGAUAUGCAUAUCAAUCACACAUGCAGACUUCUGGAUGAGGCAGCAGGGAGUCUCAAGGAGGUGCUGAAAACAAACAUGAAGCCUUUGAAAGAGAAGCUCAAAGUCUUAAAGAAUGAGAAAGUCAUCUGUAAUCAAAGAGCAAAACACAUCAAGAAUCAAGCCCAGCAAACAGAGGCAUGUAUUAAGGAGGAAUUUAAUCAGCUUCACCAGUUUUUACGAGAUGAAGAGACAGCCAGGUUAGCCACUCUGAGAGAAGAAGAGGAGCAGAAAAGGAAAAUAUUAUAUGAGCAAAUUCUGUUGAUUAACUGCGAACUCUCCUCUCUUGAGGAAAGAAUCAGAGCCACUGAAGAAGAGAUACAAUCCAACAAUAUCUCAUUCCUGUUGAACUACAAAGACCAACUUGAAAUUACUCAGUGCACCUGUCCAGAGGGUCCAGACAAGCUUCCAGAAGUUCUGAUUGAUGUAGCAAAGCACUUGGGGAAUCUGAAGUUCAAUGUGUGGCAGAAAAUGAGGGUUUUCACUCAUCAUACUCCUGUCAUCCUUGACCCCAACACUGCUCACCCAUGUCUGCAACUCUCCAACAAUCUGACCGAUGUGAGAUUUGGUCAGUGGAGUCAACAGGCCUUAGGUUACUUAGAGAAAUGUGCAGGGUAUACAAGCGUCCUGGGUUCUGAGGGAUUCAACACAGGGACUCACUACUGGGAUGUUGAGGUUGGGGACAACACCACCUGGGCCUUGGGAGUCAUCUCAGAGUCUGCGAUCAAGGCAAGAGACAAUCCCCCCAUUUCUGGUUUAUGGCGCUUAGGUUAUCACAAUGGUAAAUAUGGACAAGGUCUUUCAGGGGAUGUACUAAGGCCGCUUGAUGUGAAACAGAAAGUCCAGCGAAUCAGAGUCUAUCUGGACUUGGACAGAGGAGAAUUGUCAUUUCUUAACUCUCAUACCAAUACUCAUCUCCAUACCUUUAAACACACCUUCACUGAGAAAGUCUUUCCAUACUUCUGUAAUGUGUGUCCAUCUCAAGCUCUCAGUAUCUUGCCAGUGCAAACCUCAAUCACAGGAAUGGAGAUAGUGUAAAGAUAAAUGUGAAUGUUUGCAAUAACAUCAACUAUCUGCAACAAGCAAGCCCAACAGGAGAGUAACGGAAGUAAAAUACCAUUCAUUUGUGUCCAAAAAGAAAUGUAUUUUGUGUAAACCUUUCAAGACAGACUUACCAUGAGCUCCAACGUUGUUAAGCUAUGAUAUUCUAUAGAAGCCACAAGUCAAUUUGAUUUUAACCUUUUUUUAAUCAUGUUUAAUUGCCAAAUUACUACAUUAAUUUGGCCAGUCUUUUGAAUCACAUAAAUGCUUGUCUUUUUUUUUCAUCAGUUUGUUUUUCCCCUUUAGCUGAUUAUUGCAUUUUGAGUUUUUUUUGUAGAUUUUUUUCUUUAGGUUUCUGUUGGUUCAUUCUUAAAAUAAUUUAUGCCUUGCACUAUGGAGGUAUUUUUGUGUAGCAUAACAAAUGUAAUUUCACGAAAACAGUCCUGUUGUGAAUUGCAACACUUGAUCCAUACCUGUAAUUUUGAAACCUGUUGAACCUCCCACCACAUAUAUUACAUACACUACAAUAAUUUUUUCUGCAUACCAGGCACGUGCCGUGGGCUUUGAGAUUGGCCAAGCAUCAACGAUUUUUAAUACACAUUAUUAACUCUGAGCCCAAAACGCAUUAUACAACGAGUGUAAUGUCGCAGAAAUUUUAUUGACGUAAAUUGUUGCCCAGUAAAUUUUUUUAAAUUCAGGACAGUAAUAUUGCUCAUAUCACACAAAUUAAAGAUUGUCAUAUAUUGAGCCGAGCAUGUUUAUGUCCAUUAAAUUCAUUCAAAUUGACCAUAGUGCCAGAAGAGCUUGUUUUGACAUACAGCAAAAAGAAAAGAUUGGCAUUUACUAGAUUCAACAUCAUAGGCCUCACACGUCACUCUUCCCACAGUUCAGAACCACUGGAAUGGACAGCAGCAAUCUGACCACCAAAGACAACAAUCUUAACCUGAAUGCACAAGGAAAAUGUAACAGACAUGGCAGUCUACAUUCCUUAAUAUAUAUUUUUUAAAACAGACACUGCGCCCUAACGUUAAAACUAUAAAACAGACAUAACACAAGAAGGACAUGAUUGCCGGAUCACCACUUCAUAGCCUCAGACUAACCAGAAACAAUGACCUAGUAUCUAUGACCUAGUAACAAUAACACAGAUUUUUUAUAAAUAUAUUAACUUACCUUUACUUGAACACAAAAUUCAUGCAUCUCUCCUUGUGGAUGAAAAUCUCUAUCACUUUGUUGUAAAAGUCGCCCGCUUGUUAAAGUUCUGAUAGCCUCUCUUUCUCGAUUUUUAAUUGAAAUUACCUUUGCCAAAGGUCGUCGAUGCUUACACUUCAGAUAUCCAUUUUAGUGCGUAAUAACGCAUUAGUUACGUGAACUUGAAUGUGUUGACACAAAACUAAAAUCAGAUAGCGUGACUGAAGGAAGGAGCUUCUGACUGGCUUACUCAUUUUGGUAAGCAUGCUUACGUUGGCCAUUUGUAGUAGCGGCCGUGAAUCAAUUUGAAUGAACAUACAGUGUAGAAUGUAAGGGCGGUAAACAAUGCUUUGAAUCAGAGAAAGUAUAACAUAAAGUGCUUCUACCUGAUGGUGGCGCCAAAGUGAAUAUAUGAAUAACUGUCAUAUAUUGACAGUUAUUCAUAUAAUAUAUAACAGAGAUAAAAGAUGAAGAAUUUGAAUGAAAACAGUACUUUAAAUUAACAAUUAUAUUUAAAUAUAUAAUUGUGUCAUUUUUCUUUUUACCCUUCUGUUAAGUAAGCAACAGAGCAUGUGAGUGGAGUGGAGCAAGUUGUCGCUCCGCUCAAAUAUUCGCUCAUGUGCGAUCGCUUAACUUCAACGCUCAAAUUCAAAAGUCAUCGCUCCAUGAAAUGAGAAAGAAAUUAGACAUAAUUUCUUUGUCAAAAUUCUUGUUUAUUUUUUUGUAUCAGGUACAGACCUUGUUCUCUCUGCCCUAUUUGGAUGGGGUUAUUUUAUAUGGGGACAUAGGGUAAUGUAACAGCCUAAUUACCAGAGCUUCUAAUUAAUUUUAAUCCCGUGCUAAUCGUUCAUGUCAGUAAUUUUUCCGGACUUUUGCAGGCUAUGCUUUCCCGCGCCGGUAAAGAUAAUAGCGUUUACCUAUUAAAUGGUCUGUAAAAAUAACCCGUUAUUCUUAUCCCAUGCGAAUUGACAUGUUAGUAAAAAGCCAGUGAAUCUGCACUCUCCAGCCUGUGAACCCUUUAACUCAUUGUUUCUAAAGUUCACCAAGUGUCUGCAGUGGAUGUUGGUCAUUGAGAAUACACCAGAAAAUGUAAGAAGCGCUUCAAAACUUCAUCUAAUGCUGGCUGUUGCGUUUUGACUGAUGCAUGAGAAACGAAUGAACAUGAUUUCUUUUGAUUAGAAAAAUUAGAAAAGGACACAAGCAGGGGCGUGUUCUUAUGGUGGGCAUGGGGUGGUCCUGCUCCAACAUUUUAAAGUCUUUAUAAAACAAUGUCAGUGCUUUUAACAUUAGUUUAUGAUCUACAUUGCUUUUUUCUUUUCUUUAGUCCUUGAUCACGGUAUGUUUUGUGUUUGAUUACUGUGGGUUUUAUGUCCUUCUUUGUAUUUCUAUGUGAUUUUUAAUUUUUUGAUGCUGCCCAUCUUGACCAGGACUCCCUGGUUGAAGAGAUAUUGUAUCUCAAUGGGACCUUCCUGGUUAAAUAAAGGAUAAAAAAAAAAAAAAAA